UGGUGAAGUGUUACUUUAAUAAAAUGAAUUUAUAAUCUGAGAUUCUCACUCAUGACCACGUCGGGUGACAACCCAUUUGUUAUUGACACACAUGUGGAGCAUUUGUGACACUUGUGACCUCCCUGCGUGUGUGAGUCAGACUUAAUUAAUGAUGAUGACAUUUUUUAAUUGUUAUAAUAAUGGUAAUGAUAGUAAUGAUAAUAAUAAAAAUAAUAGUAUGUACUUAUGAAUGCAGUAUUUCACAUGAUGACCCCAGCAGAUUAAUAUCCCAGCACACAUUACUUCUGAUAGCGUGCACGAUCUCAGUAAAAGUGUCUACAUUUUAUUUGGCCUCAUUAACCUUAUCUCCCGCGGACUAACAGGAGUGCCGUUCACCACCAUACACACCAGCUUGGCAGUGGUUGGUGGCAGUGCAUGGCGAAGCGAAGAGAGUAGAGAAGAUCAGAAUUCGCUACCGCAGUUCCCACCUCGACGUUCAGGUGGAAGGAGUGAAGUAGAAACGACACAGAGAUGGUGAGGUGCACGUCCUUAAACGAUUUCCUGCGUAUGGAGUGGUUCCCUGCACGUAUAGGAGUGGCGCUGCUAACGAUGCUGGGACUGGUGAAUGUGUUUAUGGUGCGCGUCAACUUGUCCGUCGCUAUUGUGGGCAUGGUACACCGCAACACCACCACCGCCACAACCAUCCAGGCACACUGUCAGGCACUCAACGCCACGCCAGCUGGCGGGAUGUUGGUGACCCCGGCGCUGGGAGAGGCGGCGGGGAGUGACAAUACAACAGUGUCACCGGCGCUGCUGGUCGACGCGAUUGAGUGGGGAAUGGAGGAGCAGCUGGUGGGAGAAGUGGUGGAGGAGGUGGUGAAGGUGGUGGAGGAGGUUAGAGAAGAGGAGGAGGAGAACAGGAUGCACUGGAACGAGUGGGUUCAAGGACAAGUACUUGGAUCCUUCUUCUAUGGCUAUUGGAUCAGCCAGGUAGGCGGCGGAAGACUAGCUGAAAUAUAUGGUGCUAAGCUUAUCUUUGGCAUCACAGUGCUCUCCGGGGGCAUCGCGGCUGUUCUAACGCCCCUCACUGCUAACUUCCAUUACAUCGCCCUCGUCAUCCUCAGGGCACUUCAGGGCUUCAUGCAGGGCGCUGCCUACCCCUGCACUUUCCCGCUGAUGAUUCGCUGGUUUCCGCGCUUCGAGCAGGCUAAGUUUAUAGCCUUCGUUUUGUUUUGUAACAACAUCAGCAUCACCUUCACCAUGACUCUGUGUGGCUUCGUGAUCGAAAUGCUGGGGUGGGAGGCAGUUUUCUACGUGACUGGUGCUUCUUCCCUCGCUUGGUGCAUUCUGUGGUACUUCUGCAUGUAUAACGACCCCAAAGACCACCCCAGGAUCUCCCAAGAGGAACUGAAGUACAUCAAGGGCACCAAAAAGACCUACCUUAAGGAGUCAUCCCACUGGAGUCUCUCGUCACCUCCUUCAGCGUCUGUGCCGUGGCUGUCCCUGGCUAAGUCUCUCCCAGUGUGGGCCAUCAUAGCUGGUGAGAUCGGCAACUCUUUUGGCUACACUGUCUACUUCUCCUACCUGCCCACCUAUAUAGAAAACGUGGUUGGUGUAUCCUUGAGCCAGAACGGCAUCCUCUCCGCCCUGCCCUUCCUCGCACGGUACCUCGGGGGCGUUGUGUUUUCUUCCACCGGGGAGUGUCUGCUGGCGAGAGGGAAACUGACGGUGAUCACUGCACGGAGAGCCUUCAGCGUCGUGGCAAUGAUCGGCCCGGCUCUUAUGCUGCUGGCUGUUAGUUUCUCCGGCUGCGACCCUGGCCUGGCUGUCUCGUUGCUGUGUCUCGGGUUCUUCUUCAACGGCGCCAUCACUAUUGGGGUCUUCGCUAACAAGGCAGAGGUGUCCCUUCACUUCGCAGGUACGGUGAGCGGCCUGGGAAACAUGUCCGCUAACGUGAUGUCAUUCGUUGUGCCUCUUGUGGUGGGCGCCAUUACCAACAACCAGCAAACCCUGUUGGCGUGGCAGAAGGUGUUUUGGACGUGCAUUCCUUUGUAUGUGGUGUGCGAGUUAUUCUUCUUCGUGUUCGUCUCCACGUCUCGCCAGCCGUGGGACUUUCUGGAGGGAAACCAAGGAGCACUGGACAAAAACGAUGACACACAGGACAAGGAGGAGCAGGAUGGCGAUGUAUUGGUGGAGACCUAAGUGUGUGGGGUUAGUCCUCAAAGUACGUAGAAGACAAUGACAAGGGAAUGUAUUAUCUUUCUCGUAUCCGUCCUGUUAGUAUUCUGUUGACGUUCAAAUACUUUUAAGAUGUGAGGGAAGGGCAAGGGAAAUCUGGGUGAAACUAAUGAGUCAAGAGGGAGGCAAAGUUAGGGAUUAGUUAAUAAAGAAUUUUAGUGACGAGACGACGGCAAAUAUUAGAACAUUAAAGUUAACCCCUUCAGCACUGGAACGCAUUUUUACCUAUAGUUCUGGGUAUAAUUAAACGAUUUUAUUUACAUUAAGAAGGAUCUAUGGUGGUCAGAAGUUUAAUGGCAAGUCUUCACUAUUUUAAUCCCCACGUGAGUUUCUAUAGCUGUAUAAAAUCACCAGAGAGUAACAAGAAUGAAUAGGGAAACGUGACACUGUGCUAAAGAGGUUAAGGCGAAGACGUGUAAGGAAAUAAAACCGGGGAGGAGAUGAAGAAAACGUGAGUCAAAAACGAAACAAGAUCAAGGAAAAGAAACCGCAUUAUAAGAAGAGUGUUAAAUUAGAUCGUUAUGGAAUUUGACUCUAUAAUUAUUCUGUAUCACACUUUGCUGCAGAGAAGACACUUGAGGAUAACUAAUUUUAAGAUACUAUUAUAAGGCUCUCUCGUUGAUCCUUUUUCUAUAUUGUAGUACUUAAGUAUUCUGUACACAGUCGUAGGGAGAUUUAAGUAGACACGGUUUCUGUAGUUAGUAGUAGAAGAAUCCUUAGUAAAGCUGUGUACUGUUGUAAUACUAAUAAAAGUACUUUGUUGGUUA